UGUGAACCUUUGCACUAUUCUCAACUCAUGAGUAGGGAGGUGAGAGUGCCUCUGGCUAUGACUUCGUGGAUCUGGGGCCUACUCAACUCAGCCAUCCACAUUGUCCUGGCCACUGACUUGAUCUUCUGUGGACCCAACAAAAUCCAUCACAUCUUCUGUGAUGUCCCACCACUCCUGAAAAUUGCUUGUAGCGACACUUAUGUUAAUGAGAUGGCUCUUCACACAGCAACUGUCUUUGUGGGUCUGAGCCCUUUCCUCCUUGUUGUCAUGUCCUACAUCUACAUCAUAUCUACCAUUCUGAAGAUCCGCUCUAGCACUGGAAGGAGAAAGACCUUCUCCACCUGCGCUGCCCACUUGAUUACGUUCAUUGUCUACUGUGGGAUGGCCAACUUGAAUUACAACCGUCCCAGUGCAGGCUACUCCUUGGGGGUGGACACCCUGGUUUCCACCCUGUAUUGUAUCAUCACCCCCAUGCUGAACCCCCUAAUCUACAGCCUCCGAAACAAGGAGGUCAAAGGGGCCCUACAAAAACUUCUGAGCAUUCAGGAGAAGGAAGAUGCACCACCUGGAAAGCAAUGA